CGCCUCCUCUCCCGAUCAGCCACUCCAAAACCCGCCUCACCAGAACUGAGGAGCCAUUUUUGUUUCAUGUCGGAGAGCCCCAUUGACCACAUUUGAUGCAUUCUGGACUCUGUGGAGACACCUGAAACCUUUAUGCAUCCCAUCUUUGGAUGGGUACCAUGAAUUGUGAAGAGCCGGGUAUGGAGAGGGCAGUUCUCUCCUGGUCAAGAUUUGCUGCAGCUGGCCACACUGCCCUCAAGGAGGCCCUGAAGGUCUUCAAUCCCAUAUCCAAGGAUCUGUUGGACACUGAAAGGCAAAUGGUGACCUUUCUCCAAGAAUUGAAAGAUGAAGGCCAUAAGCCUGUGGUGCUUAGGAGCAAAGAUGUAUAUGGAUACAGGUCUUGUACAACACGACCUCUCGCGUCAGAUAUCGGCAGUAGGAUUCAGAGAGUGCAGAAGCCUUGUAAAAAGCGAGGACGGAAGCUACCGACGAGGAACAAAGAGGUCGGAUACACGUUUCUCAGUACAGCAGCCAAGGCCAUCCUCCAGAACCAGCCCAAGAUUCUACUGACCAAUCUCUCGGUGGACACUCUCAAGCAUACUGUUCUAUCAAAACCAACAGUGCCGACUGAAACCUCUGUCCAAGCACAGCAGUGCCUGAAAUUAACAAACAUAAAGGGCCUGACGGGAGGCCAUACCGCAAGGUUGCAAAUUCACUUUGGCGUGGACUCGCAAAGCACAGUUAACCCCAGCAUUCAGUGCCCACCAACUCUCUCUGGGAUACCACACUCUCCGUCAGAGAACAGCGGUCGAACAUCAAGCGUAGUAGCUCUGGACAAUAAAAGAGGCUUAUCCUGUCCAGUCAAAGUGGAUGAUGCCCUCAUUGGAGACUCUGCCCCAUUUGUUUGUCAAAAUGGUAUAAGCCUGAAGGAGGGCACCAAAAAGGUCCAGACGGUAUCAGGCGAACCUGUUGUGAUGAGCAAUGGCUUUGACUGUGCGGACAGUGAUUCAGUGAGGAGGCUGAACGCCCAGGGUUUAGGCUGGUCUCAGCCAGCGCUCGUCACGAAUGGCCAGGAUGUGUCUAGACUGAAUGGAAAUGGUCUUCAGUGGAAAGUCAUCAAAGUGGAUGAAUCUGUCACUGAUGAGGAGGUGAGGAAAGAGGCUCAGAAGAUCUUGAGAGUUAAUUUAUCACCUGUGAUACAGAUUCAGCCACUUUUACACUCUGCGUAGACUAGAGAGAUCGAAAGGGACUUUUGUAUCCACAUAUACAGUUAGGUUUUCUUAUAUUGAGGUGUUACUUGGAUCGAAAUGUGAUUAUUUGAGUCCGAUUGGAGGUCUUAUCCCCAGUUAUGCAUUAUUCACAAGUGUAACUGACAUCAGUGAUCCAAAGAGGGAAUUUAGGCUGUUUUUGGUUUUCCUUUACAUAAAUGUGUCUCCUGCUUUCAUUUAUUCAUUGGAUUUUUGCCUUGAAUUUGAGGAAGUAAACUGAAGGAUAAAGCAUAUUUUGUCACUAUGCAGUGUUCCUAGAACUUUAUUUUUUUUCCAUUGUCAUUAUAAUUAUUGUUGUUUUUUGGGGAACAGACUGCUUGAGAACCUGAAGAAUUGGUUUCUAGAGUGACUACUGUUUGGAGAGACCAUACAUUAUUUUGAUUUUUUUUUAGUUAUUAUUAUUAUUAUUGUUUUUGGACAUCCUUGGCUAUUUUAUUGAUUUUAAAUAGCCUCUUGCUUUCCAAUGUGUGAGUCUGUAGGCAUAGACUGCAUGACUUUUUAUUUAAGAUUUCAAAGGUGCAAGGGGUAGAAUUACCUUUAAUAAAUGAGUUACGGACAGGUAAAUGUCAAGAUCAUUAGAAAUCCUGCCCCUCAAUGCAGGACUUUUGUCCGGCACAAUAUGAUGAUAGUGGUUAAUAAUAGUGGUGGCACAGGCUGUGUUGAUUCAGUAAUUAAGAUGUAAACAAACAUGAGUGAUUUGAUGUGAAAUGCUUUGUUGUAGAGAAAUCUGCUGACUUCUUUACAGUGGUGGUGAUGGGAACCAGAAGUCACAGUGUCUGCGACACAAAUAUGGCCAUUUUAUGUACUAUUCGAAACCACCUGCACGCGUCUAAUGAGUUUUCAUAUGUGAUGUUCAUGAUGAUAAAUAGUGAAAAAUCUGAAACAGUACGUUUUCUUGGUAACAUUGUACUGUUUGCUACGGUUCCUAAGGCUACAUGACACCUACAUAACUGCUGUCGGAACAAAACCUUUUAUCUCCAGAAUUAUGACUUUACAGGAGAAGGAAAAACCGUACUUUACUUUUAAUUCAA